CGUCGACUACCCCACUGCCAAUCCAGACCAUCAUCCCGCCGUCCGUCAACUCCAACUCCGGUCGAGUCUCGCUCUCGCAGUACCUGGGAGCCUGGGAGAAGUGGUUGGACUUCAAGGACUUCCGUCUCCAGUUUCAUCUGCCUCCGAUCGCCUUGUCGUCACGGCCUGCAGUCUAGGUUUCCACCAUGACCACGGUACGAAUGCAACCUGCAAGUAACGACUGUAGAGAGAGCAAACGCACACAUACUAAUAUCGAUCCAAGGCUGCCAAGAUGGCGGAACAGCGAGGGAAAGAUUCCGUGUCGAGGAAAUGGCUGCAACUUGCACCGAAUACCGGAUGGUCGCGAUCCUGCUGAGCUUGCGUACAACUACCACAUCUGGGCAUGCUGGACUGAAUCGGCCAGGCCAGCGAAUAAUCGCUCCACACGUCUCCAUCCAAGCCAUGAGAUGCCGAGGAGCGAGCGGGUGCUAGACGUGCUUAGCUCCAGCACACAUGGAACAUCGGCAUGCUUGAAACUGGGGACUGGGCGAGACGGAAACCGGGCAAAGAGGUCACCUCCACUACCACGGGACGAUCCCCGGACGGACUUGGGCACCAGUCCGUCUUUCGAAGGAGUCCAUUGUCUUCCCAGUCGAAGCUCGCAACAGUCGCCGACUCGCCGGUGCCAUUACACUGCUCCACAGCCACGGGCUUCCCCAUCCACGGAACCUGAACGGACCAGAAGUCCGGGGAAACGGUCCAAACGGAAUCAAGUCAGCCACACUGGCAGGACUGGCGCACUGGGUACGAAUACGAUACGGCUGCGUGCCAGCGGCUCGGGCACCACCCUCCCUCAAACCAUGUGGCUAAAGCCCGACUCGGCGACCUGGGACCCAAGAAGGGGAGCGAUCCGUCCGCCAAGCUCUUUAGCGUUGACGCAAAAAACCGUUGUCACACAGCUUCGGGUCAAGAGGCGUCCAAUUAUGGCAGGAAGAUCUUCCAGGUGGCGUUCCUUGACUGUUGCCCGUAAUUCCCUUGUCGACCCCCUUGCCCGCUAUCGAUCCCUACCGUCGCAUACGGUCCACUCACCCACCCUGCCCCCUAAACCUUUCCUGGCGAUUUCUAGCGAGCGUUCAGCUGAGGCUUUAACGCCCUAACGCCCAAAUGGGGAAAUCUUCAACGCCCUUGUCGCUGGUCAUCUCACUCCAACCAUUAUCAUCCAAAUACGCUGCCAAAACGGCCAUUACAUUGCGCUCUGCGGGAAGAAGAGAGCAGCAAGUCUAAGGCAACCCAACCUCAACAAGUCAACAAGAUGAUGGGAUAAACAAGUUACACUUCCCGCAUCAGAGACAAUAAGCUACCGAGACACACCGGAAACCGAUAAGAGAUGAGGUGUCGCUAUGUAUGCAUAGUAGUACCGGUGGAGGAAGUGCCCUGAAACCUCCACAAUAGCGGCCUGGGGGCAUGCCUGCUAGCACUUCACGGGGCUUCCCCGUCACUCACUGUAACGGUCCCCCCCCGUCGU